AAGUUUUCGCAAUCGCCGUCAGAUGUCGGUUCGAUAGUUUGAUACCUAACCAAACACACGAAACUGACGAUCAAGUUUUGAUUUUCGCCUAUUCACGCCGUAAAGUGUAUAAACAAUUUUUGUAUUUAAAAGUAUUGAAGUACUUGUAAUUACGACCGAGUGAAAAAUGAGCUCUAUAGGCACAGGGUAUGACUUGUCUGCUUCUCAAUUUUCACCGGACGGACGUGUAUUUCAAGUAGAAUAUGCACAAAAAGCUGUCGAAAAUGGAGGAACAGUUAUAGGAUUAAGAGGAAAGGAUGGCAUUGUAUUUGCAGUAGAAAAAAUAGUUACUUCGAAGCUCUAUGAAGCUGGAACAAAUAAAAGAAUAUUUAAUAUAGACCAACACGUUGGUAUGGCAGUAUCUGGUUUGAUUUCCGAUGCUAGACAAAUUGUAGAAAUCGCUAGAUCCGAAGCAUCUAGCUAUAAAUCCCAAUAUGGGAUUGGUAUCCCUUUAAAGUAUUUAAACGAAAGAGUUUCCAUGUAUAUGCACGCUUAUACAUUGUAUUCGGCAGUUAGGCCUUAUGGUUGUUCCGUAAUUCUUGGUGCUUAUGAACACGACGGUCCAGCUAUGUAUAUGAUAGAUCCUUCUGGUGUUUCAUACGGAUAUUAUGGUUGCGCUGUUGGCAAAGCGAAACAAUCCGCAAAAACGGAAAUAGAAAAAUUAAAGUUAUCCGAAAUGACUUGUAAUGAAUUGGUAAAAGAAGCUGCGCGUAUAAUUUAUUUAGUUCACGACGAAUUGAAAGACAAGCAGUUUGAACUUGAAAUGAGUUGGGUUGGUAAGCAUACCAAUGGAAAACACGAACGUAUACCAGCGAAUAUAAAAGCUGAAGCUGAGGCAAAAGCGAAGCAAGCAAUGGCAGAAGAUUCAGACAGUGAUACAGAAGACAUGUAAAUUGAUUCGAAUAGUACUAAACAUACUUUUUAUAUUGUAAGUUAUAAUUUAAAUAUAUACAAAUUGCUAUAGCAAAAUAAUUGUCACGACUCGAUUAAAUAAAAAAAAUAUUGUCUGUUCUUUAUAAAAUUGCCAAAUUA